AUGCAGCAUCAAUCGGAAAAUUCCAAGAUAGUGUCGCAGAUUGAUAGUAAAAAAAUAAAAAACAUGAUGCACUACUAUAUGCAUGAUCGUUUGAAAUUCCAUGGAGAGAGAAAUGUAAUCGAUGCAAGCGGUGAACCUAAAUCAGGAUUCAUCUAUGGAAAUAAUUAUUGGUUGGGUAGCAGAAGCCAAUGCGAAGACGCAAAAAACGGGGAUCUCCUCGUAUUAUCAGAAAAGUUAAUACAAAACAAUUCGAGAUAUCGUAAUAUCAAGGAUGAAUUGCCACCUUUUGAAGUGAGAUUCUUCGUUGCUAAUUUUCGACAUAAUAGCACUUUACAAAACCACGUUGGAAUACCCAAGGAAGAUAUGAUAAUACUUGGUAUGUGCUUACCAUCAUCCUGUUCCAAGGAUCAACUUGCUAUUCUUUUAGAAAAYGUAUUCAGAAAGAGAAUUAUUUUUAAAGGCGAACUAUAUUCAGCUGAUUUUACGUUAGUUGAAGUAAGAGAUCUAAUCGAUGACCAUCGAUGGUUAUUAGGUGGAACAUUUAUAACAAUGAUGYUAAUAGUCGUACUCACAUUCCUUUUAAUAAUAAUAGGAACGGCCUACGAUGUCUUGAUAUACCAAAAACGUUUGAAGAAAAAUGACAAUUGUCCUCAAGACCGUGAAAAUGUUAAUUCUCUAACGAUAGAUGAACCUUAUACGCAAAACGAUAAUAACAAGGGUCAACUGAAAAUAUCAAAAUACUACAAAUUUGUUUGUAAAAUAUUACUAGCUUUUUCAGCAUAUUCGAACACGAAAAUUAUAUUUAAUAUGAAAUCUCAGAAUACUUCWUUAUUGGUUAUACACGGAUUAAAAUUUAUUACGAUGGUAUGGAUUAUUUUGAUACACUYAUUAAUUUWUGGGAAAGAUAAUAUUGAAAAUAGACAAUUGAUUUUGAGAAAAUCGGAGGAUUUAUUCGCACAAGUAAUGUUCAAUGGAACUUUAUCUGUUGAUACAUUUUUAUUUUUUGGUGGCUUUCUAGUCACUUACUUGUAUUUAAAGAGCGAUAUAGACAAGAGUGAACCGUUUAAUUAUUCUAUUAGGAUCAAAUUAUAUUUUCUCGUUGUCCUUAAAAGAUUUAUAAGAUUGACACCGACUUACUUAAUAUUAAUCGGAUUACAGCAAAUUAAUACAACGUGGUAUAGCAAAACCUCGGUGUUUUAUAUAACGGAAGCUUCACACGAAAAUUGUCCGAAAUAUUGGUGGAGAAAUAUUCUUUAUAUUCAAAAUUUGUUUAGUGUGAAAGAUAUGUGUAUGACUUGGAGUUGCGGUAGAACUGUGUGGGCAAUUGGAAUAGCAUGGAUAUUAAUAGCGUGUUGUACAAAUAAUGGAGGUAUAGUGAAUCGUAUUCUUUCGUGGAAGGUUUGGAUACCAUUAAGUAGGUUAACUUUCGGAGCUUAUUUAAUAAAUCCAAUUCUAAUAAUUUCUGUGAACUUAUACGGUGAAACUUCCGUUCAUUUUGAUUUUCUUACUAACUUAAUUUCAGGUGUGGGAUACGUAGUGGUAAGCUACAUCUGUGCUUACGUGGUAUCGUUGAUGUUCGAAAUGCCGUAUGUCUCCUUGAUGAAGGAAGGAAUGAGUAAUUUGAACAGGAGAAUAUGAUUCUUUUUUUUCAACUGUCGAUACUUUUGUUCUAUCAGUUACUAACGAUCACGAUGAAGAAAACAAAAUAAAUACAGUCACUCACAAAA